GGCGUGCCCCCUCCCAACCCAGCGGCCCCAGCUCGGCCCGCCCGCCCGCUGCGUCGCCGGGGCAUGUGAGCGGGAAGCCCAGGCUGCCAGCCGCGAGGACCGCACGGAGGAGGAGCAGGAGCGCGGAGCCGCGAGCCCCGAGCCCAGCGCCCGGCUGAGUAGAUGUCCAUGAGGAGCCCCAUCUCUGCCCAGCUGGCCCUGGAUGGCGUUGGCACCAUGGUGAACUGCACCAUCAAGUCAGAGGAGAGGAAGGAGCCCUGCCACGAGGCCCCCCAGGCCACUGCAGCUGAACCCCAGCCUGGAGACCCAGCCCUGGCCCCUCAGGACGGUGCUGACCCCCAAGCUCCAGCCAAGGUGCCUGGCACUUUCCCAGGGAACUGGGACUGUAGUUCUCCAGAGAGCAAUGGGUCCCCGGAACCCAAGCAACCAGGAGCCUCUGAGGCCUCUUCUGGAAGCCAGGAGAAGCUGGACUUCAACCGAAAUUUAAAAGAAGUUGUGCCGGCCAUUGAGAAGCUGCUGUCCAGUGACUGGAAGGAGAAAUUUCUGGGAAGGAACUCUAUGGAAACCAAAGAUGUCAAAGGGACCCAGGAGAGCCUGGCAGAGAAGGAGCUCCAGCUUCUGGUCAUGAUCCACCAGCUGUCCACCCUGCGGGACCAGCUCCUGACAGCCCACUCGGAGCAGAAGAACAUGGCUGCCAUGCUGUUCGAGAAGCAGCAGCAGCAGAUGGAACUGGCCCGGCAGCAGCAGGAGCAGAUUGCUAAGCAGCAGCAACAGCUAAUCCAGCAGCAGCAUAAGAUUAACCUCCUCCAGCAGCAGAUACAGCAGGUCAACAUGCCUUAUGUCAUGAUCCCAGCCUUCCCUCCAAGCCACCCACCUCUGCCUGUCACCCCUGACUCCCAACUGGCUUUGCCUAUUCAGCCCAUCCCCUGCAAACCAGUGGAGUAUCCGCUGCAGCUCCUGCACAGCCCCCCUGCACCAGUGGUGAAGAGGCCUGGGGCCAUGGCCACCCACCACCCACUGCAGGAGCCCUCCCAGCCCCUGAACCUCACAGCCAAGCCCAAGGCUCCCGAGCUGCCCAACACCUCCAGCUCCCCCAGCCUGAAGAUGAGCAGCUGUGGACCCCGCCCCCCCAGCCACGGGGCCCCCACGCGGGACCUGCAGUCCAGCCCCCCCAGCCUGCCUCUGGGCUUUCUUGGUGAAGGGGACGCUGUCACCAAAGCCAUCCAGGAUGCUCGACAGCUGCUGCACAACCACAGCGGGGCCUUGGAAAGCUCCCCUAACACCCCCUUCCGUAAGGACCUCAUCAGCCUGGACUCGUCCCCAGCCAAGGAGCGACUGGAGGAGAGCUGUGUGCUCCCACUGGAAGAAGCCAUGCUGAGCUGCGACAUGGACGGCUCCCGCCACUUCCCUGAGUCCCGGAACAGCAGCCACAUCAAGAGGCCCAUGAACGCCUUCAUGGUGUGGGCCAAGGAUGAGCGGAGGAAGAUCCUCCAAGCCUUUCCAGACAUGCACAACUCCAGCAUCAGCAAGAUUCUUGGCUCCCGCUGGAAGUCCAUGACCAACCAGGAGAAGCAGCCCUACUACGAGGAACAGGCGAGGCUGAGCCGGCAGCACCUGGAGAAGUAUCCUGACUACAAGUACAAGCCGCGGCCCAAGCGCACGUGCAUCGUGGAGGGCAAGCGGCUACGCGUGGGCGAGUACAAGGCCCUGAUGAGGACCCGGCGCCAGGAUGCCCGGCAGAGCUACGUGAUCCCUCCGCAGGCUGGCCAGGUGCAGAUGAGCUCCUCAGAUGUCCUGUACCCUCGGGCGGCAGGCAUUCCCCUGCCGCAGCCCCUGGUGGAGCACUAUGUCCCCCGGAGCCUGGACCCCAACAUGCCCGUCAUCAUCAACACCUGCAGCCUCAGGGAGGAGGCUGAGGGCACAGACGACCGGCACUCGGUGGCCGAUGGUGAGAUGUACCGGUACAGCGAGGACGAGGACUCAGAGGGCGAAGACAAGAGUGACGGGGAGUUGGUGGUGCUCACAGACUGAUCCCAGCUGGGGGGGCCCGGCCCCUUUUCCACUGGGGAAACCUCGCCCCCAACCUAUGACCACAGUCAGCUGACCUGGACUAUGUUGGUACUUGGACUUGGGUGUGCCCAGGAGAUGGGCAAAGCUGUGCACUUGUAGAUACAUUCCUGAGGGGACCUUCCCCUCCCCACCACCCCUUCAGGCACAUCGAGGAGCAGUUGGUCUAGGUGGGCAGGGCCUGCAUGUGGUGAGGGGCUGAGCUCCUCUGCUAUUGGGGCCCCUGGCCAGAAAGUGCUGUAUGACCCUCCUCUCUUGCAGGUCUACCCACCUGGGGGUACGGCAGCUACAGACCUGUCCCCCGUGGGGCCACGUGCUUUGUUUCCAUUCUUAUCCUGGCUGGAUCAGCCACUGUGUGGGACCAACACCCCCUCUCACAUGCCCCCAGAUAGUUCUUCUAUCACCAGGAUCACUCUGUACAUCGUGCAAAAGGGUCUGGCUGUCCCUCACUGUCUUUAUCUCUGCCAAGUCCAUUGUGCCUCUGGCUGCUGUGUGUGUGCGUGCAAGCAUGCGUGCACGCAAGUGUGUGCGUUUUCAUCUGUUCAUUCAUUGCACAAGAUAUUUAUUGAGUGCCCACUACGUGCCAGGCACUGUUGCUGAGUUCCUGUGGGUGUGUCUCUCAAGGUCACUCUUCCUUCCCUGGGGGACUCUUCUGUGCUUCUUUUUGUCCCCAAAUUGCUACCUCUUUGUCAGUCUGGGUGUCUCAGGUUCUAUGUGUCCUGUGUGCAUUUCUCUCUCUGUCCUUGUCCCUCUGCAAGUCCCUUUGUUUCUCUCUCCCUUUGUUAGUGUCUGUCCCCGCCCCCAGAUGGCCUCCUGAUUCUCUGGGUCUUUAUAGGCCCCUGGUCUGCCCCUGGACCCAUCAGCCUUCCUGACCUCCUCCUGCUCACCCCUUCACUCCCUCCCUGACUCUGCCAGUU